AUGCUAGAGUUUAUGAAAUGUGCCCGUUUGCUCAAGCUUUGCUCAUAUCUGCUGCUGGUGUCGGCGAUAGUCAGCGCGAAACCGGAGGCACCAGUCAACUCGUACCUACCGCCAGCGCACGGCCACGGGCACGGCGAUGGGCACCACGACGAUCACCACACGGCGGAUCUGGUCCCCCCAUCAAGCAGCUACGGAACGCCCGAUUCGAGCUACGGACCGCCGCACCACCAGUCGGGCUUCCACGAGCACGAGGAUCAUCACGAGCACCACGACACCCACGACGACAGUGGCUCGUUUGAAGAUGAGCCGGCCAAGUACGAGUUCAGCUACGAGGUGGACGACGAGGAUGCCGAUCUGUCCUUCGGCCACGAGGAAAUGCGCGACGGGGACUACACGACGGGAAAGUACAACGUGCUGCUGCCCGACGGCCGCCGGCAGAUCGUAGAGUACGAGGCCGACCACAAAGGAUACCGACCGAAGAUCACCUACGAGGGCGGGGACGAGCAUCCGCACCACCACGAACAUCCGCACGAGCACCACGGACAUGAGCACGGGCACGGCGGCUACUCGAAGGAAACGCCCCACACGCAGCUCGGCUACCCGAAGGAAUCGCACCACGACUUUGACCACGGCAACGGCCUGGGGCACGGGGGAUCGGGCGAGUACGAUGCGCACGGUCACGACAGUGGCCACAGCCGGGCCGAUCACGGCAUUCACGAUGGGCACCGGGGCUACGACAGCAAUGCGCACGAGCAGCAACAUCACGGUAACGGGAACCAACAGCAUCACGGGCACGGACACGGCCACUCGGGACACAACGGGCACGAUGGCCACAACGGGCACAACGGACACAAUGGGCACCACCACAAUGGCCACAAUGGUCACAACGGGCAUCACCGGAGACGCAGUAGCAACAACCACCACCAUCACGCUGGACCCGCCGCCGCCCAUCACAAUGGUAACCACCACAGCCACAACGAUCACCAUCGCUAG